AUGACCACUGAAGACGGGUAUCAUCCGCGUUUCUCCGACUCAGCUCGCGCAGGGGCGGCGCUGCCGGAUGACUUCCUUAGGACAUUCAAGCAAUCUCUGCUCGCGGAUUACAAAGGGUUUGUUGGAUCCGUGGACUUUGUCUCUUUCGCGCUUCCAGCCUCAAGUCGUUCAGCAACGAAUACACCAGCCCUGCACGUACAGGCUUCCAGGCAACUACCGGGUGUCAAUCAUGACGUGGACAGUGAUAAUGAACUUCACUGUGAACCCAUCAACACCUCAAAAACAGUUCCUGGAAUUGGUUCAAUGGGCGUUAGUGAUUUAAACUAUCCGCUUUCUCUAUUUGAUGGCCUUCCGGAACUUCCCCUCGCGGGCAUCAUCGAGGACCUCACUCGCACGUUCGAGAUUGGCUUCCUGAAGAAAGCGCCCUUUUUAUCGAGUCUAUCGAAUCUAGACAGCCCUAUCCUUGCUGGACUGACGGGAAGAGCUCCAGUCCCUCCAUAUCUUGCCUUUAGCAGAGCUUUGAUUGGGACGUUGGUCUCCGAGCGCCUUGACUAUCGUAUUUGGGCCGAUAAUCUCUACGAAACAGCCUUGAAGCUCUUUGUAGGCUCAGUUGAGCUUGAUAAUAGGACAUCGAGGAAUAUGCACUGGUAUGAAGCGCCAUACAAACGCCGCGGUUUUCUGAAGAUCAUCGACUCACAUGCAACCUUCGACUAUCAAGAUAUGAGUCUAAUAACCUCGUUUUAUUUUCUGGUGGAUAUUUUACGGGCGAUCCAUUUAAAUACGCCUCCAUCCUUCAACCAGACAGACUUAUCGUUCCCCCUCACAACACCCUCGGCUGUUCAACUUCUCCGAUUCCUCGGGCCAUUCGCCGACGAGACAAUCCAAAGUAAUCGGACGGGAGAUAUCCCAACUAUGCAUCUCAUAAAAGGACCCUAUCUUCCGUCUUCCGCGACCCGCGAGUAUCUACAGCAAUCAGAGGCUUUGAUACAAUCACUUGACGUAUGGCACAGCUCGGUUAUCAAUAACAAUCCCGCCGAUCUCAGCGAAGGUGAACACUUCGAAGCUAUUUCCGAAGGCGAUUUCAACUCCAAUACUCUCAGGGUGCACAAAAGUGUCCUGCCAUUGGCAUAUUUUUGUCGCAUCUUACUGGAAAUUGGCCCGCGAGCAUUGGAACUGCCAAAUAUUGCUGGCUACGAUGGACUGCCAUCCAGAGGACAAAGCCCCCAUUCUCCUCCCGAUGAGCAGCCCCAUCGUCUUGGUAUCCAUAUCAGCGAUACUGCCGUUGAAUGCGCCUGGAAGGUCCUAGACGCAUUGGAUGAUGAUGAGCGUGGCUCAAUCUACACAGAGACCACAAACAACGACUCUUUGAUUGCCCUCUGGCUUCCACUGGUUGUAUUCUACGCGGGCCUUGCAGUAUGGGCUCGCAUGCAAGAGGAUCAAGACCGAGGAGUACUCAAGGGAGCUCAAAAUUCAGUACCGGCUCGUCGUCGACUUUUGCGAUCGUUUCAAAACGAACUAAGGAGGAUGGAAAAGCAGUAUAAGAGUGCCUCACGAAUGGCGGACGUCAUCAAAAACUUGAGUCCUUGA